GGUUUUAGGAGCUGAACAACAUCCUUUUUAUUUAAUUAGGGUUUAUGAGCUGAAUAACAGCGGAAGGGCAAAUUAGAAGGAGAAGAUGGGAAAAAGAAACGGUGGAAGGUCACUGCAAGAAACCCUUCGCCGUCGACUUGAAUCCUGCAAGUCCAGGUACUCCACCGCCGAUGAAAUCGUGAAUCAUCUUCGCUCAUCUUACCCCGAUUACCAACGAACCAAGCACAAAACCCUAGUUCGAUUUGUCCAGGAAGCUCUUCAAUCCAUCCCCAAGCCCAACCAUUCUCCCACUCCCAAGCAUCACCAUGAUGACGACGACGAAGGAGAGUGUCGAAGUGCGUCUCGAAAGAGACAGAAGAACUUUGAUGAAAAUGAAGAGAGAUUACAAAAGAUGGAAGCAUUACACCUCCGAAGGAGAAUGCAGAGCGAUCCAUCAACCUCCUCUGCUUCUGCUUCUGCUUCCUCUUCGGAGAGCGACGACGAAGGUGGGGCAGUGUCUGGGUCGACGUCUGAGGACGCAAUUUAUGAGGAGAAGGUGGAACCUGCAUUUGAUUUGAUGAAGACAAUGUUGCGAAAUUCGUACACUCCGAAGAAGGUUGUGGCGGAGGAAAAGAACGUUGAAUUGGAGGUGGGGAAUGGUAGUAAGGGCACUACUACGCUUGUGGAUGACGACAAGUCGGAAGGGAAGCAACAGAGGGAUUCCAAUUCGAAUUCAAAUUCGAUUUUGAACGCCGAGGCAAAGGGGAAGGAUGGACCGAGGUUUAGGGAUUUGGGUGGAAUGAAGGAGGUUGUGGAGGAACUGAAGAUGGAGGUGAUUGUGCCACUGUACCAUCCUCAGUUGCCUAGACAGUUAGGUGUGAGGCCAAUGGCUGGAAUUCUGUUGCAUGGACCACCUGGCUGUGGGAAGACUAAACUUGCUCAUGCUAUAGCCAAUGAGACUAGUCUCCCUUUUUAUCAGAUUUCAGCUACUGAGGUGGUUUCCGGAGUCUCAGGUGCAUCUGAAGAAAAUAUAAGGGAGCUUUUCUCUAAAGCAUACAGGAGUGCUCCCUCCAUUGUCUUUAUUGAUGAGAUUGAUGCAAUUGCUUCAAAAAGAGAGAAUUUACAGCGUGAGAUGGAGAAACGAAUUGUGACACAGUUAAUGACUUGCAUGGAUCAAUCAAACAGGUUUUUGCAACCGGCUGCUGAUGAUUUGGAGAGUUCUGAUGAUUGUCGUCCUGGAUAUGUGCUUGUAAUUGGGGCUACAAAUAGGCCUGAUGCUGUUGACCCUGCCCUGAGAAGACCUGGUCGGUUUGAUCGUGAGAUUAUCAUUGGCAUUCCCGAUGAAUCUUCCCGGGAGGAGAUUCUUUCUGUGCUUACUAGCAAUCUUAGACUUGAGGGUUUAUUUGAUCUACGGAAAAUAGCCAGGUCUACACCAGGAUUUGUUGGUGCUGAUUUGGCAGCUCUGGUUAACAAGGCUGGCAAUCUGGCAAUGAAGAGAAUAAUUGAUGAAAGGAAACGUAAAUUAUCUCAAGAUAUCAUGAGCAAGCAUGCUGAAGACUGGUGGAAGGAACCUUGGUUGCCUGGAGAAAUCAAUAAGCUUGCCAUCAAAAUGUCUGAUUUUGAGGAAGCAGUCAAAACGGUGCAACCUUCUUCAAGAAGAGAAGGAUUCUCUUCCAUUCCAAAUGUAAAAUGGGAAGAUGUUGGUGGGCUUGAUCUUUUAAGACAGGAGUUUGAACGCUAUAUUGUAAGGCGCAUAAAAUAUCCUGAGCAUUAUGAGGGGCUUGGGGUGGAUCUCGAGACAGGAUUUUUGCUUUAUGGACCUCCAGGUUGUGGUAAAACACUAAUUGCCAAAGCUGUUGCCAAUGAGGCAGGAGCUAACUUUAUUCAUAUUAAGGGACCUGAACUUUUAAAUAAAUAUGUUGGAGAAAGUGAGCUUGCAGUUCGGACAUUGUUUAGUCGUGCAAGGACAUGUGCACCUUGUAUACUUUUUUUUGACGAGGUGGAUGCUUUGACAACCAAACGUGGUAAAGAAGGUGGAUGGGUUAUUGAACGACUAUUGAACCAGUUGCUUGUUGAGCUAGAUGGUGCAGAGCAACGGCGGGGUGUUUUUGUGAUUGGUGCUACAAAUAGGCCUGAGGUGAUGGAUCGUGCUGUCCUACGGCCUGGUAGGUUUGGUAAACUUCUUUAUGUUCCACUUCCAAGCCCAGAUGAGCGAGUUUUAAUAUUGAAAGCUCUAGCAAGGAAGAAGCCUGUUGAUGCCACUGUGGAUUUGAGUGCCAUCGGAAAAAUGGAAGCUUGUGAAAACCUAAGUGGCGCUGAUCUUGCCGCAUUGAUGAACGAAGCAGCAAUGGCUGCUCUUGAAGAGAAUUUAACCUCAUUUGAGACAACUUGCAAUACAUCGACCAUCAAGAUAAAUCAUUUUGAGGUAGCACUGAGUAAAGUAUCUCCGUCUGUGUCUGACAUGCAAAAGCAGUACUAUCAGCAUUUGUCUGAGAGUUUUAAAGCCGCAUGAGCAGCAUGGCAAUGAUUUUUAAUAUUAUAGCCGGUCAUCAGGUUCCUUUAAGGAAAGGAUGAAAGAAAUCGUUUAUAUUAUCGUGAAAUCUGGAUGCAUUUGCUUUUGUGUGAGAUGUACAUGUUUCCUGCAACCAGGAUAUAAAUUUUGGCGAGUAGUUGUAAUUUGUGCUUCACUUUAUUUAUCAUACUGGUUGAAAUUUUUUGUAAACAGUGUUACAAUAAUAUUAAUAAGAGGGAUGACAUAGGUUGGAUGGUGAGUUGAGUUUGUAAUGCUUUUCAUCGUGUUUAUACCAUUCGGAAAUCAGAAAUAUAGAAAACGCCUUGCUUUCC